AUGUUCUUUAUGCGAGAAAAAGAACUUUCAAAAAUUCAUCAAUAUUUUAACGAUUUACAAGAUAAUAAAAACUCAACUUUAGUAUUAUACGGAAUGUCUGGUGCCGGGAAGACACAACUUACCAGAAAAUAUUGUGAAAUCCAUCAUGACUUUUAUGAACAUUUUGUUUGGAUAGAUGCAGGAUUUGGAAAGUUACAUGCUUCAAUGAGGAAUCUUUAUGAAUUAUUAGGAUUUGUUGUUCAAGAUUCUCAAGGCAAUUCUUUCGAUGAAGAAGUGGUUGUUGAGAAAAUUCACAACUACUAUAAAAACGAAAAAACUCUGUAUAUUUUUGACAAUGUCGACGAUGAAAGCGUUCGAAAUUUGGGAAUGUUUAUUUCAAAGAAACCGAAUUCGUUUACUUUAAUAACAACUCAAUGGAGAACGUGGUCAAAUAAAGUAAAUCAAAUGUUAAUCGAUGGUUUUUCUUCUGAAGAGGCUUUCGAGUACGUAAAAAAUGGUAUAAAAGAAAAUACCGACGAAAACAUUAAAUACCUAAUUAAAGAACUUAGUUAUCAUCCGUUCGCUAUUACUCAAGCAAUAAAAUAUAUAAAGAGACAUAAAAUUUCCACACAAAAGUAUAUAGAUCGAUAUAAAUCAAAUCCUAUAGAAAUACUAGAUGAUAAAUACUUUCCAACGGAAGAAGAAUCAAAGUCUGCUAUAAAAGCAAUCAAUUUAGUGUUAAUAAAAUUAGAAAAAAAAAAAAUUAUUCCAUUAAAAUUACUCAACUGCUUAUCUUAUUGUAAUGGUCAAAGCAUAAAUAAAGAAUUUAUCAGGCAGAUCUUAAAACAAAUGACAGUAAAUGAAGAAUAUUUAAUAGAUGAAGCCGUUGGAUUACUAAUAAGUUAUUCUUUACUAGAUCGAUUGGAUGAUGAAAAAUAUUCAAUGCACGAACUGACACAGUUGUCGUCCUGUCCUGAAUCAGGAGGUCUUCAAAUAGUGGGUCCGGUGCAAUGCUUGUUGUUUUUGUAG